AUGAUCCACAGCCUGUUUCUUAUAAACUGUUCUGGUGAUAUAUUCUUGGAGAAGCACUGGAAGAGCGUUGUGAGCCAAUCUGUGUGUGAUUAUUUCUUUGAAGCUCAGGAGAAAGCAAUCGAUGUUGAGAAUGUGCCUCCUGUCAUCUCAACGCCACAUCACUACCUCAUCAGCAUCUAUCGGGAUAAAAUCUUCUUUGUGUCUGUCAUACAGACAGAAGUGCCGCCACUCUUUGUAAUUGAAUUUCUACACCGAGUAGCAGAUACUUUCCAGGAUUACUUCGGCGAAUGUUCUGAGACUGCAAUUAAGGACAAUGUAGUUAUUGUGUAUGAACUUCUAGAAGAAAUGUUAGACAAUGGCUUUCCACUGGCAACAGAAUCUAACAUAUUGAAGGAGCUGAUUAAACCUCCCACAAUUUUGCGCUCUGUUGUCAACUCCAUCACAGGCAGUAGUAAUGUGGGUGACACACUUCCCACCGGACAGUUGUCCAACAUUCCUUGGCGCAGAGCAGGGGUAAAAUACACAAACAACGAAGCCUAUUUUGAUGUCAUUGAAGAAAUUGAUGCGAUUAUAGACAAAUCAGGUUCCACAGUCUUUGCAGAAAUCCAAGGUGUUAUUGAUUAUCUUUCUCUUUCUUUCAUGAACCCACGGCUGCUGGAUGAUGUCAGCUUCCAUCCAUGUAUUCGGUUCAAACGCUGGGAGUCUGAGAGAGUCCUUUCAUUCAUUCCUCCCGAUGGGAAUUUCAGAUUGAUCUCCUAUCGUGUCAGUUCACAGAACUUGGUGGCAAUUCCUGUAUAUGUGAAACACAUGAUCAGUUUUAAGGAAAAUAGUUCUUCAGGAAGAUUUGAUGUUACCAUUGGACCAAAACAGAAUAUGGGGAAAACAGUAGAAGGAGUUGUCAUGACAGUUCACAUGCCAAAGGCCGUACUUAAUAUGAACCUCACUGCUACACAAGGCAGCUAUACAUUUGACCCAGUUACGAAAGUGUUAACGUGGGACGUUGGCAAAAUUACCCCUCAAAAGCUACCAAACCUGAAGGGCAUAGUGAACCUGCAGUCUGGAGCUGCCAAGCCAGAGGAGAAUCCAAGUUUAAACAUUCAGUUUAAGAUACAACAGCUUGCAAUUUCAGGACUGAAAGUGAAUCGCCUAGACAUGUAUGGAGAAAAAUACAAGCCUUUUAAAGGUGUCAAAUAUAUUACAAAAGCAGGAAAAUUCCAAGUCAGGACAUGAGAAGAUGCUCUGCUUCCAAGAGGAAGGUCCCCUUAAAAAAAAAAAAAAAACAAACUUGACUGCUUAGUGACUUAUGUUGCUAUUAAUUAGGUGCCAAUUAAUUAAUAGACACUG